AUGCCUCGCUCCCAGCUUGAGAUCACGACCUCAUCGGUCAUCCGCCUCGUCAAGGAGGAGGCCUCCUACCACCGUGAGCUGCAGCAGCAGACCGAGCGUCUCACCAAGCUGGAGAAUGACCAGAGUAACGAAGAUGAGAACAAGGAGUAUGUGCUGAAGCAAGAGCGUCUGGCUCUGGAGGAGACCAAGAAGGUCAUGCCUACUUUGAAGAAGAAGCUCGCGGAGACCGUGGCUGCCCUGGGGACCCUUAUUACCGAGGAGGGCCAGAAGGGAUCCGAGAGCAAUGUCGAGCAGAUUACUGCUGCCAAGGAAGCCAUUGCUCAGGCCAAGACCGCGGAGCGUGAAGUGUCCUAA